UGUCUAUUUAAUCUGUGGUAAGUCAAAUCGAAUCGAAAUCGAAUCGGAAUUCUAACAAUAAUAAAAAUGGAAGAAUCUGUUUCUGACAAACAAGAAGGAAAAAGUAUUGAUAUUAAACAGGAAAGGCAAGAAAAUUUGGACAGUUACAAAUAUGAGUUCGAUUCAGGCAGUCAGGAUAGUAGUAAAAGUGGUAGCGGUGGUUAUCAACGAUGGGCGCCUAAUUUGAAUGGUGUGCGGAAAAGCGCUUUUACGCCCUACAAAUCUGUUCAGUGCACUGCAUUAACCAAUUUACAGCGAGGUAAUACGCAGGCGCGGGUCCCCGAGCUGCCCCAGCCGGACUGUAGCUUACACGCGAAAGCUGGUCGCGGAGAAACAACCCCUGACGAAUUGAAACUGGAGCAGUAUGUUGACAUCACUGAUGAGCACGGCCUCACGGCGCUGCACUGGGCGUCUAGCUACGGCCAGUUGAACAGUUGUCAAGAUCUUGUGUGGAAUGGUGCUAAUGUCAACAUGCGGGGGCCUGAGGGGGAGACAGCUCUUCAUCUGGCGGCAGCAGGGGGGCACCAUGAAGUUGUCAAGUUUUUGUUAAAUGUAGGAGCUGAUGCUGAUAUACAAGAUGAUUCCGGCAGUACUGCACUAAUGUAUGCAGCUGCAGCAGAUUUCCCUUAUACCUGUAAUGAACUACUUGUCCGAGGAGCUGAUCUUACUCUAACCAAUGACUAUGACCAAGACGCUUACACUCUGACUACAACUAAUAAUUGUAAAUUGGCACAAACUGUGAUAGAGAACUUCUUGAUUGGCUGUCUCAGUAAGAUGUGAAGUAAACCCAACUGUUAAUGUUCUGUUGCUUUGGACAACCAACACAAGAGAUUCAUUUGCAUCCAUAGUGUUAAAAGAAAAUACAGGGAUUUAGUUUUUAAUGUAAAUUUAUUAAAAUAUAUAUUAUAUAUAUUUAAGUUCAUUAUACAAACAAUGUGAUGUGAAACAUAAAUGUAACUCAAUUACAGACAAUAUCAAUGUAUACUUUGCCUAUUAUUUAAUUAAUUGUAUAAAAUAUUAAAAAAUAGUAAUAUUUUUUAAUUUAAAGUAGUCUUACCCCUUAGGGUUCAUUUAGCAAAUUACCUACCCAGUCUUAUCUUAUCCCCAUGUAUAGAAUUAUGAUCUAACCAUAGUUUUUGAAAAAACUUAAAAACAAACAUUGCGUAUUAUAUUAUAUAAUACAAUCAUAUCGCGGAUAUCGUGUAUAUACUUUUCCAUAAACAGUCUUAUAUUUGGAUUAUGUUGUAGAAAUUUUGUACAAAA